UUGUUUGAAAAUCGUGUAAAGUUGUAAUGACUUUAUACAAUUUAUGUAAUUUUUAUAGAAGAAAAGUAAUAAUAGUGAAAUUAUUUAGUGCAAUUAGUAGUAUAUUUUAGAAAGACCCAUAGUUUUAGCCAUAAAAAUGACGUCCUUAAAUACUUUUAAGGAGAGAAUAGAGGACUAUGAGGUUCACAAUUUAUUGGGUAAAGGAGGUUUUGCCUCCGUAUACAAGGCAAGAUGCCUUAAAACAGGAAUUGACGUAGCAAUUAAAAUGAUUGAUAAGAAGCUUAUGCACGACCAUAAAAUGGACGAAAGAGUGAAAACAGAAGUGUUCAUUCAUUCCAGAUUAAAGCAUCCAUCUAUUUUGGAACUGUAUAAUUAUUUUGAAGAUAUUAAUUAUGUGUACUUGGUAUUGGAGUUGUGUCAAAACGGAGAACUUCAGCAAUAUGUUAAGAAAAAGAAUUUAGCAGAAAAUGAAGUAAGUACUAUAAUGCAACAAGUUGUUGAAGGGUUGAAGUAUUUGCAUUCCCAUAACAUAUUGCACAGGGAUUUGUCUCUAUCUAAUUUAUUGUUAACUAGAGAUAUGCAAGUAAAAAUAGCAGAUUUUGGUUUAGCCACUCAGCUAACCCGUCCAGAUGAAAAACACAUGACAAUGUGUGGGACACCAAAUUAUAUUUCACCUGAAGUGGCUUCGAGGGGGUCACAUGGUUUAGAGGCUGAUGUGUGGGGGUUAGGUUGUCUUUUGUACACACUCUUGGUUGGUUCUCCACCAUUUGACACUCAAGGCAUACAGGGUACACUAACGAGAGUUGUCAUGGCCAAUUAUCAGCUACCAAGUUAUUUGUCACUGGAGGCAAAGGAUCUGAUUAAUUCUUUGUUAAGGAAAAAUCCGAAAGAUAGGAUUUCUUUGGAACAGAUUUUGGACCAUCCUUUUAUGAAAAGGGGACAGGCAAUAUCCUCAAACAUCACUCACGACAGCGGAAUCCACACGAUGUCGAGCCGGAGAGACAGCGCCUUCAGCGGCCCACCGCCCAACUACCACCACCAUUCAGGAAACAUGUUGAGCAGAGGAGCAAGUAGCGACUACACCCCCAGCGAACACGCUUUUGCCGUCAACAAACUGACUCGCAGCUUGGACCACCUUAACAAAUUACCGAACGAUAUUAUGCCGAAUUUCCAUGAUCCACGAACUUGCACGAACAUAUCGUGCAAUAGACCCGAACAAAAUUCCAUAUUUUCCAACUGUGGGUCUAGUUAUGAGGCAGCCAGAAAGUUCAGUUAUCAAGACGUGCCCCCUAGCAUAAGUCAGUACAGUAACCACAAUUAUUACCACCCUGAUCCUGGCGGGGGAGCGCACCCCUAUACGAGUACCCCUCAGUGCAUGCCACCACACUCUAGAUGUUCCGACGCGCCACCAAGCAGCGCGAGUACAAACUACAACGCCCUAGAAGCAAAAUACUCGAACAAUAAUGUACCGAGACAAAUAGCCAGCAUCGAAAAAUAUCCGCAAGAACCGACACAUCAGCCCGUGGAGAAACCUAGUGGCCAGGGACUGGUGCAACUGUGCUCUCAGCGCCUCCUACCGACCAGAUACCAAACCAAAAGCGCCAUACUGAGCAUCCUCGAUGAGGGCGAGGUGUGCGUGGAGUUCGUGAAGAAAAAAGGUCCGCACAAGAAGGAACUGGUGUGCGAGGUGAUGCGGAUAUCGCCCGACGGCGUUCGCAUCGUGCUGUACGAGCCCGCCGGCGGUAAAGGGGCGCCGCCCGCCGGCGAGCCGCCGCCGUUGCCUACGCACGGCUCGGAUCAGAUUUUCAGCGUGGAGAAUUUGCCGCAAAAGCAUUGGAAGAAGUACACGCACGCUUGCAAGUUUGUAGAGCUUGUCAGAGCGAAAACGCCGAAAAUUACGUAUUACAGUGACAAGGCGAAAUGCUGGCUUAUGGAGAAUUUGAAAAAUUUUGAAGUUAAUUUUUAUGAAGGAGGAAAAGUUACACAAUCCGCCACAGAGGGCGUGAUACUUGUCGACGCUUCAGGACGCAAGCAAACUUUUAUUCUUGGAGACUGCAACAACCUAACUGGGACUUUUGAAUUGAUGUGGAAGCAUACGCAAGAAUGCCAUAACCAUUGCUUGUUAUUGGAAAAAACACUGUCCCAGUUACAGGGUGGCAAUUUUCCAAUUAUAGUAGGACGAAGACCCUCAAAUUUAGGAUCUAAUACAAGUGGAAAGGAAAAUAGUAGUCGUCCAAAUAUUCCAUCUUUCGCACUUUCCAUGAACAGCACCGAACCAGGGACAUACUACAACACCAACAGUAUGAAAUCUGAAAAAAGAGUAUCUGUACCUGGAGUGGGUUCUGCCAUUGAACUGCCCAAUGGACAGAUCAAAGUAUUAUACAACGAUGGGUCGAAUUUGGCGGUAGACGGUAAAAAUAGUUAUGUGUACCAGUAUCCAGAUGGGCACAUUGCCAAAUAUUUCGGUAACGACCAUAUACCCGGGCAUAUAAUAGAGAAAAUACAGCAGAUUCCCAAGGUGAUAAAAAGGUUAAGUCCCGUAACACAGAAGUUUCAUAAUAUUAGAUGAUAUUUAAAAAUAAGGUAAAAUAGAUCAUAUGUACUAUUGGU